AUGGACCACGAGAGACAAGAUAAAUCAAUACCAUGGAAGAACAGAGAAAAGGAAAAGAAAAAUAAUUGUUAUAAAAUAUCCAUAUAUAUAUAUAUAUAUAUAUAUACAUCUUUAUCCUUUAUCACAGCUCGAGAUAAAAAGAUUCGUGCAUUGGAAUUGACCAAAUUAAAGCAAAGAGUAUUGAAAAAUUUGAAAUCAUUGCAAACGGAUGUAAGAGAAUAUCGUGAUAUCGUCAGUCAAAUUAUUAAUGGAAAUAAAAUUCGCCUAUUGCCGAUAUUACAACAACACGAUAAUUUUCAUUUAGCUUUUGGUCAACUUGAAUCAGAUGAACUUUAUAAACGAAUUUAUCAGAACAGCGAAUUGUUUCAUCGACAAUUGGAUAAAUUACGUUACGAGAAGGAGAAAUUAGCUAAGAAAUUUUUCGAUUUACAAGUACUGUUGCCUCUUAUCUUUAAUAAAAUAAAAAUACAUACAUACAUACAUACAUACAUACAUACACGUAUACGCGCACAUUUAAACUUGAUUUCUUUUCUAUUGAAAUAUUUAAAUAAAUUUUUGUUUUCUUAUCCAUUGAAAAAGUUUGAAAAAUAUUUCCUAUUGGAAGAGGAAAGUGCAGAAAUAGGAACGGACCAUUUCCUUGAAUGUUUGAUGGCAUAUUUGCAACGAUCGGUAUCUAAACAAAAUGGUGUUAAAGCCAUUCAAAAUACUUAUUUAAAGAUAAUUAAUAUUUUAAAGAAAGAUGCAAUAUAUUAUGAUGCACUUCUUAAAGCUCUCAAAGAUGAUCAAAAGAAUCAAUGUAAAGUGAUAGUAAAGACAACGAUAAUGGGCCAAUUGGCGGCAGAAAAUCUGGACGAUUUGAAAGAAAAAUAUAAAUCAAUGACUGUCGACGUUGUGAAAAAUAUGAAAGAAAGAGAACGUACAUUAAUUAUAGCACGUGAACGCGUUGCCGAUCUUUGGGAAUAUGCGAAAUCUUUAGUACGAAUUGAGAGCGACGUUGUUCUUGCCAAAAAUAAUAUCGACAUUAAUGACUACGUUCAUUUGGAAAAUCAACUUAAACGUUUGGAAGAGAUUUGUGAUAUAUUAAAGGAUACCGUUUUAGUUAGAUCUCAUAAUGAAUUAUUACCAAGACUCGAAGAACAAAUGAGACAGAAGGCACGUUUGAUCAAUCAAUUUAAUUAUAAUACAAAAGAACGCGAUGAUCUUUUACAUAAAAAGGAAGAGGCUCUUAUCACUCUUGAAAGUCUUGAACAUACGAUGGUAGCUACGACAGGACAAUAUAGGAUAGAUAAAAAAGCUAUGCUGGAAGAAAUGGAAAUUCAAAAAAAACGUAUUAUCGAUUAUAAAGAUCUAAGAAGAUCUCAUGGCGAAUUAUCGAUUAAGAUAACAGCAGCUUUACAAAAUAUGUUAGUUAUGCUUGUUUGUGUUAAACAAACUAAAUUGUUACCAAAAAUGAAUAGCAAAAAAAAAGCAAAGACGCCUAUUGUAGAUGAAUUAGACGCCGAGGAUACGGGUGAAGCUGUCUUAGAGAAAAUAAUACCAAAUGGCUUAGUAUUAUUGGCACAAAUUACUCGAAAAAUGGGUGUUCUUUUCGGAAUAAGCAAUUUUGAACUCGAUAAAGAAAAAAAUGAAAGAGCGAGACAGUUGUAUCAAAAUUAUAUCGCUGAUUAUAAUACCUAUACACUCAAAUUUGGGAAGGACGAGUUAGAGCCAGCUCUAAUCGUUGAACAUGAAAUCGUAGAUCCAAAUGUAUUAACUCGAGCAGAUGUAAAAAAUCGAAGUAGAAAAGUGGUAGAAGCUAAUUUGAAAAUUGAUUAAUAUAUUGAU